AUGGAUCAUUUAGGUCAUCUGCAAGCCGUGGGGGUUUACGGCAGCAGCAUGCGGUUCAAAGACCAAGAAGCCUUGGAAGUUCGUGAAGACGCCGAACGAUCACCAACGUCCAGCGAGGAGAGCAAAGAUGACAAGCGAGACGUACUGAACGAAGAGCGAGAGAGCAGGCUGGUUGCGGGGAUCGUCCCUCUUGAGAUGACUCAAAAUAUAUCUCAAAGUGUGCCUGAUGCUACUCGGACACCUCCAUCUGACAACAUCUCCACCGUGUUUAUCUCACCGCUGGAAGAAGUGCUCAGCGAGGUGCUACAGAGUCCUGGUCAUUACUUGGAGCGCAUCAGCCCGGAUGUAGCAGUCCAAACGGUCACAGGAAUGACAAACGCCAUCAUCGAAAGAGCAGAAUAUGACCAAAAUAAAAAGACCGAGCCUUCAGUCACACAAAAGAAGAUCACAGGUGACAAAAAUACGACUGUUAGAAAUCACAAGCAAAACGGAAGGAAAAAGAAGUUUGAAAAAUCCAAGGAAGUGAAAAAGGCUAAAAAGACAGAGCGUUUUCCUUAUUUCAUGGAUAACUACUGUCCUCCGGAUUGUGCCUGCUAUGGAGGGGUGGUCCAGUGUUCCGACAAAUCGGUCGAGAUGAUCCCAUACGGAAUUCCGUACAGCUCGCGCUACAUCCUACUGAUGAACAACCGCAUCCAGAGUAUCCAGUUGGACCUUCUUCGAGGAUACGCCUCCAUGGAAUUCCUGGUCCUAAGCGGGAAUCGUCUCACGGACGGCUCGGUGGAGGGUGCGUUUGAGGGUGUCCUGGCCCUCAAGCGUCUCUACCUGGAUCAGAACCUGCUGGCGAGCAUACCGACGGACCUUCCGGCUUCUCUCGAGGAGCUCCGGCUGGACAACAACCGCGUGAGGAUGAUGUCCGACUGGGUUUGGAGUUGCUGUCCGGGCCUUUUGGUGUUGAGCCUCAGCAACAACAGUUUGGGGAAUGAAUCAGGGUCGCUUCCUGAUGCCGUGUUGUCCCCCUUGCAUUGCUUGAAGACUUUGAACCUGGAUCACAACUGGUUGACGUGCGUUCCCCUCGGAUUGCCGCUGUCGGUCAAGGAGCUGUACCUCCGAGGGAACCUCAUCGAGCGCUUCGACGGCAGAGCGUUUGACGGGACGUCCCGGCUGGCCAUUUUGGACCUGAGCGCCAACAGACUAAGCAACCUGCCCAGAGAUGCUCUCCUCAACGCCAGCCACCUGGAAAGCCUUAACCUGGAGGGCAACCGAUUUAAGAAAGUACCCAGACACCUUCCUUCGUCGCUUAAAACCUUAAACCUGGAGGGAAACCUCAUCUCCGCGAUAAGAAAAGUGGAUUUCACUUCCUUGAAGAACCUGGAACAUCUCGGCCUGGCCAGGAACAAACUCACCAAAGUGGCCCCCGGUGCAUUCCGGAGUUUGAUCGCCCUGCACCAGUUGGACCUUUGCCACAACGCCUUGCGUCAGGUGCCCAGACAGCUCCCGAGGGGCCUCCACUCGGUGGCGCUGGCUCACAACAAGAUCCGGUUGGUGCCCCGGGAUGCCUUUUGCUGGGGUAGAGCGGGCUCGGGCCUCAGCGGGCUGGUUCAGGUGCAGUUAGAGAGCAACCUGAUGGACAUGGCAAAGCUGGACUCAAAGGCUUUCAGGUGCUUGAGGGGAUUCCAAGUCGUGCAUUUCAAUUGA